AGUAAGAAAGAGUGGGUGAGAAAAUGGGACCAGGAUGAUUUUUCAAAACGAACAUCGUCUUCCUGUUUUGUAAGGUCAUGUGCUGUUGCUGCAUUAAUUUGCUGUAUCAUAGCUACAUUAAAAACUUCUCCAUUCUUAAACAAAGCUUUCACAUCUUUUUUCAUUUGUAACUGCUAAGACCAUCAGAGUUUAAGAAGCUUUUGUUUAGUGUAGCAAAAAUAUAAUCAGGCCUAUGUUGAGCUGUAAGAGGCUCUAAGGGCUGAAAAACACUGGAUAAAAAUAUCAGACAAAACAGGAGGGCAAGGAAAAUUCUCAGAUGCUUUCAGUGAUAGCAAGUGCAAAACUGAAACUACUCCCAAGCACUUUGACUUCACCGUUCCCACCCAAAGUAAGUUGACUUCCCACAUGCCUGCGUAAAGGAUGAGCAGGUCAUGGCCCAGGAAGAGACCUACUGCUGAGAGUCCUCUGAAUAAGACUGCUGUGGGAGCCCAGCCAGUUUAUAAAUGGAUUCAAGACUGGUGUUCCCACAUCUUCUCUGAGGAGACAGCCCCAAAGAGUUACUGUACAGCUCCUAUUUCUCCUUCAGCUGCUAGCCUUCAUUUUCAUAUUUCACAUCUCUUUAAGUGAGCCCCAUGUCUUUGGGAUCAAAUCCUGCUUUCAAUUAGUGUUGUUUGCCUUAUGAGCAUCUGAAGUUUGAGUUAUUUUUCUCUUGUUUGUAUUUUUCUGAGUUUAAUUGUUUCCUGUAUAAGAUGGUGGUUUCCAUAGAUACCUUGGACAUCAUUUAUCACUCCUUCCUGGAUAUACAGUUCCUCCCAAUGAAUUACACAACAAUUUGCCAUAUCUGCUUGAGACCUUGGUUUCUUCAUCCAUAUCACUGCUACGCUGAGCACUUUAACACUGUUGUUCUAACAUGUCAUCUUGAUAAGCUGCCUUGUUCUCUUUACACAGCUUUCAAUCCACAUGAUGGAACUCUCGUCCAGCCAGUUUUAAAUUCAAAAAUGGUACACUGCAUGUCUAUUUUAGGAUUUUGUACUGAUAAUUGUUGGAAACUUUAGCUCAGCUUUUCUCUGCUAUGGGUAACUGUCAAACAGAACAGUGUUUUGUUAUUUUUGUUCCCCUCCCCCCCGCCCCCUUGAGAAAUGUUAUCAAAGAACAAAGUCUGGCAAAGUAUUCGGGAUUGGUAUGCUCCUAAAUGAGAGCUGAGAUAGCAAUGACGUUGUUCUUUCAGACAGCUCUAGCGUGAGUUUUCUCCCUUUGUCCUGUCUCCACCUUGUCCCAGAAGAAAGCAUUUGUCCUGGAUUGCAGAUGUGGAUGCUGAUGUGAGUCACUGCUUGGUAUUUAGUGGUGAGAAAUUAGAGCACUAGCAGUCUCCCCAAAUCCUAACAGAAACAAAGAAAAAUCUGGACAUGGUGUAAGUUAGUGCUUUCUUGGGUGUAUUUUGCUCUUAUCAGGCUAUUCAAAGCACAAGUGGGAUUGUUCUGCUGAUUCAGCAUCACAACAAACGAUGCCAGGGCAGCUCCAGGCCACACUUAAGGAAUUACAAAGGAGACCAUUAGAGUCACAAGUUUUCUCUUUAGCUGAUUUAUAAAUGGAUUUGUUUUUUUUCUUGCUCAUUUGUCCCAGAGUUGUUAAUAAAUAACCUUUUCAAUGUCCCUGCUCCUGCAGGAGAUGUGAGAAGAAUGUGUGCUCAUGUGAACUGCUGCAAGCUCUGCAGCUGGGCUGGAGAUCCUGUGGCUGGAAGGUUGGCUCUGGCUUGAGCUUGGUACCUCCCAUCCCAAACCAGAGGGAGAAUGGUGCUGAAAGAGGCUGGGAAACACAGUGGCUCCAGGGAAGCAGCAGACCUGUAGUUCCUUUUUGCAUAGGCCUAGGGUUUCUGGACAGAAGGGUGGGCAACUGUGACUGUCCCCCUGUACCCAUGCUGCCUUAUCCAGAAUAUUUCAUGUUUGUAUUUUGAAAUAUUUGAGGCAACAAUAGUGGGGAGAGGGAAGAUAAUGGAGAUACACAAAUUGAAGGUCAAACUAUGGCUUGAUUACAAAUGGGUUUCUUUCCCUGAGCCUAAUUCUUCUUUCAGGAUUCACUGCACAUCCCAGAAAUAAGUAAUCUGAACUUUAGAGAUUAAUAGCACCCUGUGCCAGCCCAUUCAUCCAGCAAAAUACUUUUGCUGCUUUGUUACAUGUCAGCGUGAGGCUCCAGCCUUUUCAAAGUGCUCCUCUGACUACGAAAAUUUGGAUUCAUAUUUACCUUAUUACCUUCGUAACUUCCAAGAAGUAUUUCUUCUCUUACGCUCAGGAACUUUGUCAAGGUCUGUGCCCCGCAAUAGCCUUUGAUCCCAUGUUCCUUACCAUUGGUUGUCACUAAAAAUACCACAGGGUAAUUUGUUUCCUGCUAUUUGAAAUGGAAAUUGUAGCAGCAUGAGGAACAGAGAAUUAUAUUCAUGCCAAAUAUCAUGAGCUGAAUUCUCCUCAUGGUUUGUGGGAAUCCUAGUAAUUAAAGCUGACCUCUGAGAAAUCAGUAUAUUCUUCCACAAGGCCUAGACAGUGGAUGUGCUCCUCAGCAAGAAAAAGAAACUAUUCCAGCUGUUUCUUGUCCUGUGUUCUGCAGAGAGGACUGGAGAUUACAGUGCUGACAGCUGAAGUCACAGGUACCAAACCAAAGAUGUCCUCAACAAGAACGAUUCUACUCAUCCUGGGAUUCCUCUCUACUUUGGCUGUAAUUGCUUUAAUUGCUGUAGCAGUGACCCAAAACCAGCCACUUCCGAAGAAUAUUAAGUAUGGGAUCGUGCUGGAUGCGGGAUCAUCCCACACCAACCUCUACGUGUACGAGUGGCCAGCAGAGAAGGAGAACGACACCGGGGUGGUGAAGCAGGUGGAGGUGUGUAAAGUUGAAGGCCCUGGGAUCUCAGGUUACUCCCAUGCCACAGAGAAGGCAGGUCCCUCUCUGGCACAGUGCCUACAACAAGCAAAAGAGGUGAUUCCCUCAGCACAGCACAAAGAGACACCCGUCUACCUCGGAGCAACUGCUGGCAUGCGGCUUCUCAGGUUGCAGAAUGAAAGUGCAGCAGACAAAGUCUUGUCCUCCGUAGGAAACACACUACGCUCAGCUCCCUUCAACUUCCAGGGUGCCAGAAUCAUCACUGGUCAGGAAGAAGGAGCCUAUGGAUGGAUCACCAUUAACUACCUUCUGGGCAAUUUCAAGCAGUCUGGCUGGAAAAAGCUUCUACACUCCCUGAAAUCCUUAAGUGAGACAUCAGGAGCACUAGACCUUGGAGGAGCCUCCACACAGAUUACCUUUGUAUCAAAGGACCUCACUUCUGAGUCCCCAGAGAACCAGCUCUACUUCCGUCUCUAUGGCAAGGAUUACCAAGUGUACACGCACAGCUUUCUCUGCUAUGGGAAGGACCAGGCUCUGCAGCAGAAACUGGCCAGGGAUCUACAGACCGUGGAGAGCAACAGUCUACCCGACCCAUGCUUUCACAAGGGUUAUGAGAGGACUAUAAAUAUUAGUGACUUCUUCAAAAACCCUUGCACAUCAGACAAGAAAAAGCAAUUAUCUUUCAGCCAGCUGUACAUAAAGGGAGAGGGGGACUAUCAAAAGUGCCGAGAAAACAUCCAGAAACUCUUCAACAAAAGCAAUUGUCCUUACUCCAGUUGCUCCUUCAAUGGGAUAUACCUACCUCCAUUACAAGGGGAUUUUGGGGCUUUUUCUGCUUUCUAUUUUGUGAUGAACUUUUUGAACCUGACCAGUGAACCAAACCCCCUUGCCCUGAACAAAGUGACCAGCACCAUUGAGAGCUUCUGUGCCCGGCCUUGGCAAGAGGUGAAGACAGCUUAUCACCACAUCAAAGAAAAGUACCUGAGUGAAUAUUGCUUCUCUGGAGCCUACAUCCUCUCUCUCCUGGAAAAUGGCUAUGAGUUCACUGAAGACAACUGGCAAAUGAUCCACUUUCUUGGAAAGAUUGGCAGCAGUGAUGCAGGUUGGACCCUGGGCUACAUGCUGAACCUGACCAACAUGAUCCCUGCAGAGGAGCCAGCCGGGCCCCCUCUCUCCCACGGCAGCUACGUGGGGCUGAUGGUGCUGUGCUCCCUCGUGCUGGUGUCUGUGCUCCUGUUUGCCUGGCUUCUCUUCCACAAGCCCAAGUGCCUGCAGAAGGGGAUUGUUUAGGAAGAACCUGAAGGCGAGAGGAGCCAUGUCAUCCUGGCUGCUCAGGGCUAGGAGACCCCAGCAGAGCAGGCUGUACUGCAGAGUCCCUCUCACUGAAGCUUCUGACUGUACAACAAGGGCAUUUAUUUCUUCUGAAUCACACUUGCACUGACAGAUGUUGGGACAUGAGGCUCGCCACCUUCUCUGCCAAGGACAGACAAGCUCGUGUCCCCUCCUUGAGUGGGUCGUACUUUCAUUCAAGGAAACUUUGCUGCUUGUUGGUUUCUGCCUUGUGCAGAGCAUUAUAAAGAGAAAAGUGGCAGCAAUCUUUGGGAGCCAGUGCUCCUGCAAGGGUUAUCUCAGGGUCACACAUCCCACUGAGCUCUUGGGAGCCAUCACAUACAGGGUGAUCCUGCUCCUUCUCUGCUGAAGCUGUUCCCAAGAGCCCUUUCUGCACCAGCACGCCUCUGCUCACCUCCCUGCGCCCUGAGCUCUAGCAGCCCUACAGCUGGGUACAGCUCUUGCACCUGGCUGGCCCCUGAAGGUGGGUCAGGCUCCCAAAUGCCACUCUGGGAAAAGAAGGGAUAAGGAUGAAGAGACUGAGCAUGCUUGUAGUCAUCAGCCUUUAGCUGGGCUCUGUCAGCUGUCAGCUCCUUUUGUAGGUGGCAAAAUGCCUUUUCCCCACGUCUUCCUGAUGUUGUUGCUGGACCAAAGCUGGCUCACUGUUGCACUGAGCCAUUCUCGUGUCCCUAAGGUACAUCAAGCCACAGGUUCCCAACCAGGCAUUGCUGCUUUUUGUAGGAAGAGCUUGUAUUGGCCCAGGUUCCUUGGCCAGUAGUGAUUUUCUAUGCCUGCAGGGACUCUGGUGUGAUCAGUGUGCCCUCAGGUAUAACCCACUAAAGCAAUCCAGGGUCACUGUGCUGAUAACACAGCAGUCUCCAAUCUAGGGAAAGUGUUUAUUAGUUAAUGUUCCUGUAGGCAGCUGGCAGCAGUUAACCAGCAUGAGUAUGCACAGAUUGAACCACCCCUUCCACCAGCAAAAUUAGUGAAGAUUUGCCUUUCCUUUCCUCAUAGCACAGGCUUAUCCUAUGGCCACAAGACCCAGGGCUUGUGAGUGCACAUACUGCAGCCCACACAACUAGGAGGAUGCCACUGAUUAAGUUUAUGAAUCACUUUCUUCCAUUUUUCCAUUUCUUGGUCCAAAAAAAAGAGAGGUAAGUCAGAAAUCAAUUUUUGUAAAAACACUCGGAAACCACUGGUGCCUGUCUACCUCCCACAAAAUCUCAGAAAUCUCUUCUCCUAAUGACUUGUAAAUGUGGAGGCAAAAAGAAAGCAGAAAUUGUAGAGAGGAAGGCAUAGCAAAGACACAUCUCUUUCCCCAAGCAGAGGUGUAGGCAGUGUGGAGGGGUCAGGAUGUGCAAUGCCAACAAUGCCUUCUCCUUUAGGCAAGUACAGACACAGAGCUCUCCCAGUCUGUCCCUCUGCAUAGUCCAGGCUGGAAAAUGUCACCCAGUUAUUUCUACUUCAUACCUGGAAGUAGAAGCCCUAAUAUAUUGAAGGUCCUAAACGCAAGGGAAAAAUCUACCCUGUCCUAAGAUCCUUGGGCAGAUCAUUGUUCUUCCAAAAACCUGUGUCUUAUUUUUGCUCUGAAUGAGGUGGCUUCAGCUUCUGUUGGAUCUUGUUCUGCCCAUUUCCAAAAGACUGAGUAACUCUGCUAUUAAAAUCCCUUUUUCCUUGGUGGUGCUUGCAAGUUGUCAUUAUAUCAUAUUAAAUAGAUUGGUUUUCAAUCUGUAAAGUGGUCUCUGCUGACCUCACUUGCAGCUCUCAACUCCACUUCUUUUAAGAGUUUUACAUCUUUCUGAAACUUGGACACCAAAGUUUUCAGCAGGUAGUUGAGUCACUAAUGGUGUAUAUAUCUGGUUUUGAUCUAUGCUUUAUGUUUCCCAUUCAUAUAUCUCUGGUCCAGGUCUGUUCACUUAACAGAAAGUUUUUAGGCUUUUGAGUCCAGCUGGACUGUUGCAACUUGGUCUUUUUUCCCAGUCGCAGCAUUUCAGAACAGCCUCUGUCUCACAUCCUACAUCACUGUCUCUCAAUAUGCUUCUGUGUGGCUCCACUGAAACACAUAUUAUUCAAAGAAUAUUGCCCCAAGCAGAUUAUCCAGUUCAAUCUGCAAAUGACCUUUCACCAGCAGUGAGUCCGCUGACCAGUUUUUGUUUAUCUGCAAACACACUGCAAUGUCGGUAUUCAGCUAGGGAUGCAGCCUUCCUUCUCUUUGCAGCAACAAUAGUAGAUGAGAGAUGAACAACAGGUUUUGUCUGGAAGGCAUGCAGGAGAAACGUGUGAUCAGAGCUGCUUCUGCUGCCCAGACAGCCUCAUCUGCAGCACACGCCAUCACAUGCCACCUUCCUUGCAUACGGAGCCCUUGCAGCAGAGCAGAUGCCCUGGAGAAGCUCCCCAGGUGAGCUGGUGCAUCCGUCCUUCCUGUGAACAGCAUGGAAACCUACAGAGUGGCAAUCCCUCUCCUGAGACCUCCUUGGGGAUCUGGCAGCUGCUCAGUUGUGUCUAUGAUGAGAACUGGCAGAUCCAUUAGGACAUGUCAUGAAUUGAUGCAAAAACUUCAUUAGAAGUUAGUGUGGAAAGAAAGCUUCCAGUCUGCUCUUCUUGUCCCUGCUAAGGAUUUAUGUCAAAGGAAAAUGUCAAAUAUCUGGGAGAAGAGCUUUUACAAUGUUUUGUAUCUUCAAUGCAAGUCCCAUAGUAUUAAUACUGUUAGCUCCUGAUUCUGGAGCCAGGUGAGCAGGUGGCAUCUUCACUUGCUCCUGCGAUCUUAAUUAUAUCACUUCUUGGUUUGAGUUUUGGGGGUUUUUAAUCUUUAAAUAUGACUUGAGUGCAACCAAAAGGGCCCAAACUAUUAUAAAUGCAAAAUAUGUUACAAUAUUUUUAAACCUUAUGACUUUUAGACCCCAUUCAUAAAUCAAUCUCUCCAGGAUAAGAACUUCUAAGGUGACAACAUGCCGGUUGAGCAGUCUGAGGCUUCAAGUAUCAGUUGACUGAAGGCAUCCUGUCAGGGUGAGACUAUUGCAUGUCACUGCCUGGUAGUGAACGUUCACAGAAUGGCCUAUGAUUGUUUUCUCUACAUUUCUCCUGUUAUUGCAGGACUUUUUUUCAUUAAGACUACUCAAAAUCCUUGGUCAAAGAGCUGAAGUUUAUGAACAUUCAUUUCUUUGCUUCUGUGUUGCAUCCGAUCCAGCUGUAUUCAAGUCAAAUGUGUGUUCCAGAGCCACCCAACAUAGACAUGAAGACCAUUAAUGAUAGUGGAGGGAGUUUCCAAACAUACCAGUAAUAAUGUAUCAUUUCUCUUGUUAAUACAGUUGAUCUGCCUCACUGAUAAUUAUCUGUGCCUUAUUUCUAAUUUGAUAGCUUCUGGCUUUAAUUUCUAGACACCUCCGGCUUUUCCAUUUUGCUUUUCCUGGGUAAAGCAUCUUUUAACAUCACAUGUUCCGUCUGUCACAUAUUUACUCACUAUUCAGCUCUGCUGCACUGCCAAGACUCCAGACCUUGGUCUCUCCUGAAGAGAGAGCUCUCCUGGGCUCCUAGGAAGCUCUGAGAUGUGCUGCAGCAAGGUGGGAUGAGCGUCUCUGAUUUGGGUUCAAAUGUUGAUUGGUCAAUUUUUGGGGAGGUUUUUGCAGAGGGAGUUGAUAGCUUUGCAGAGUGCAAGAGUAGCCUGGUCUCACUGCGACUGAUGACCUCUGUGAGCUCUGCCAUGUUCAGCCGAGUGUCAUGUGCGGGGCAAAGCUAUUGGAACUUGUCAGAAGAGAGAGCCCAGGGACCUGCAGUGCCCUCACCUCUGGCAGGAAAACUGCUCCCCAUCACAGGCUCUAAGUACCUUUCACUCUUCUCCCUGAUAAAGUUGCCUCUCCUCUGUGCACAGGCUACAGCAGAUUUCUCCAGCCCUACAGCAAAGUGCAGUGGGGGCUCCACUUGGAAGAAAGCUCUCAGAAGUGGAGCCAUCACCUCUGCAGUGGAAGGCUGAUUUGAAGUGUUGGCGCUGGCCGGGGCUUUCCAGUUUCUCCCAGAGCAGUUCUGGGCCGGAUGUGUGCCCCUUCCUUCUCCACCCCAAUUCUUCCCAUGCUCUGUGCCAGGCAGGAUGUGCAGGCUCUGCAGGGCUGCCAGCUUUGACACAGGCUCAACAGCCUGUUCAGGAGGGACUGGGGAGAGCACACUGAGGACAACAGCCCCUGCCACCCAGGCCAUGUGUUUUCUUUCCGGGGCCCAACCCUGAAGAAAUGGAUCUUUGUUUUGAUGCACACACAAGCCUCUGUAUGCUUAUCAUAAUAAAGACUUCUGAACUGACGCCAGAAAA